AUGUCUAUCUUUUCUUUAAAUCAAAAUAUUUUUAAAGAAACACAUAUAGAAAAUACUCAAUUACAAUCAGAUCUUUCAAAUUUACAAUUUCAAUUUUUAACUUUAGAAAAUAACUUACCUUUAUCUGAAACAUCUGAAAUUAUUGAAGAUAUAGAAAUUAAUUCUUUAGAAAAUGAAAUAUGGACUAAAGAAGAAAUUACAAAAUUUGAAUUAUUAUAUUAUAAAACAAAAGAUAUUUUAGAAAAACAAGAAGAUAAUCAAAAAUUUGAAGAAGAAAUAA